CACGCCGCGGCCUCGAGCACGCCGCCGCUCUCGUCGCAGUAAACGCGGCCGCUCCGGUUGGCCUUGGGGGCGGGGCUGUAGAGGAACUUGCCAAAGCCGCAGAGUGAAGUGAGAAUUCUACUAGAGAGGAGAUGGCUGCCUCUUCAUCAUCCUCCUCAGCUGGUGGGGUCAGUGGAAGUUCUGUCACUGGAUCUGGUUUCAGUGUCUCAGACCUUGCCCCACCACGGAAAGCCCUUUUCACCUACCCCAAAGGAGCUGGAGAGAUGUUAGAAGAUGGCUCUGAGAGAUUCCUCUGUGAAUCCGUUUUCAGCUAUCAAGUGGCAUCUACGCUUAAACAGGUGAAACAUGAUCAGCAGGUUGCUCGGAUGGAAAAACUAGCUGGUCUGGUAGAAGAGCUGGAGGCAGAUGAGUGGCGAUUUAAACCCAUCGAGCAGCUGCUGGGGUUCACACCCUCUUCAAGUUGACCUUGCCUGGACAGUCACCUCUGGGGCACAGCAAGUGCAGAAUUUUUUUCUCGGGCUUCCCUGGUGGCGCAGUGGUUAAGAAUCCGCCUGCCAAUGCAGGGGACACGGGUUCAAGCCCUGGUCCGGGAAGAUCCCACAUGCCGCGGAGCAACUAAGCCCGUGUGCCACAACUACUGAGCCCACGCGCCACAUCUUCUGAAGCCUGCGCACUCUAGAGCCCGUGCUCUGCAACAACAGAAGCUACCACAGUGAGAAGCCGGCGCACCACAAUGAAGAGUAGCCCCUGCUCACGGCAACUAGAGAAAGCCCGCGCACAGCAACGAAGACCCAACACAGCCAAAACUAAUAAAUAAACAAAAAUAAUAAAAUAAAUAAAUAAAUACAUUUAUAUUGUUUAGGGAUUUUAUAGCUUCAUAGCUUUCCUUAAUUUCUCCCAGAUAUACAAUUACAUUAGCAUAGUUCAUUAAAAAAAAAAAGAAUUGUUUUCUCUUUAAGUUGGACAUUUCCUUUUAUGACCUUAGAAAUUGAAGAGAUCCUAGAGUUGAGCAGAAAUACUUUCUGAAGCACCUUUCCCAGUGAAGAUUCAGCUUCUACUUGAGUGCUGCCAGGAAUGAGACCCUCACUAUUUGAGGAUGGCCCCUCCCUCUCUGCACCUUUCUGUUGGUCAUUAUGUCUCAUCCACAACUCCUAUUGCCAUGUUUUGGGCUUGAAAAUGGACCUGUUGUUGCUCAUCUUUCAUCCCAUCUGCACUCAUUAUGUGCCAGCCACUCACAGGCAUUAAUCAUAAUCCUUUCAGUAAUGCUGUAAGAUGUGUAACACCUCCUAAUACAGAAGAGGAACUUGAAGCACAAAGCAGGCAUUACUACAUGCUAAGGCUGCAUAGCUAAGUAAAUGGCCAAGUCUGGAUUUGAACUCAAAGUCUGCCAGACUCCAAAGCUAAGAUUAUUUUAGUUGAAUCAUGUGGCAUCCCAUUGAGCCCAACCCAGGGCCUCGUACAAAGGAAAAUCCUAAAACCUUCUUUUUUCUUUUUAAUGAUAAAAUGAAUUAACUACCUGGAGGAAAUAAGCCUUGCCACUACCCUCCCUUCUUCCAGUGCUUGUUGAUAAAGAGUCUUAAGUACAAUGAAGGCCUCUUUCUUUAAGAACUGAUAGGAAUUAGGGGCUUCCCUGGUGGCACAGAACCCACCUGCCAAUGCAGGGGACACGGGUUCGAGCCCUGGUCCGGGAAGAUCCCACAUGCUGCAGAGCAACUAAGCCCAUGUGCCAAAACUACUGAGCCUGCCCUCUAGAGCCCGCGCGCCACAACUACUGAAGCCCAUGCACCUAGAGCCCGUGCUCUGCAACAGGAGAAGCCACUGCGAUGAGAAGCCUGCACACCACAACAAAGAGUAGCCCCCGCUCACCGCAACUAGAGAAAGCCCGCACGCAGCAACGAAGACAAAACACAGCCAAAAAUAAAAAUAAAUAAAUUUAUUUAAAAAAAAACAGAUAGGAAUUAGCUAUAUGUUAGUAUCUACCUAACCUUUUAAGAUUCAGUAUGAUGAAAUGUAGUUAGAUGCUUAAGGGGUACCUACCCAAGUGAGCAAGGAGGAAGGCAAGAGGGCAGAUGGCAGCUAACGACCAGGACUGCACAGACAGCCAUCCUAAGAGAACGGAUGGUAACGGUGCCUCAGUGCACAAAACACUUUGCAGCUUCUAAAGCAUUUUCAUAUAUGUCGUGUCUUUAGUCCCUCAUCAACGCUGUGAGAUAAAUGAGGCAGGUAGUUUACAGUUGAAGAAACCAGUACAGAGAAGGUAAGGUACCAAGAUUAUUAUCCAAAUUAUAGUUAAUAAUAUAGGCCUUUCAAAUCUUUGUCUCUGUGCCUUCUAGUUCAUCAUAUACUAGAAAAUCUGAAGGUAGAACUUGCUGUUAAUAAAGAAUUGUUCAUGUUGUUUUGAUACAUAAUUCCAUAUAAGUGUUUUGUCUCAUGGUAAUGAUACAUAAAUAGUAAACUUAAAUAAAGCUGGUUUGGGGACUUCCCUGGUUGGUCCAGUGGUUAAGACUCCACGCUCCCAAUGUAGGGGCCCCGGGUUCGAUCCCUGGUCAGGGAACUAGAUCCUGCAUGCUGCAACUACAGAUCCCGCAUGCCGCAACUAAGACCCAGCACAGCCAAAUAAAUAAAUAAAUAUUUUUUAAAAAGUAAAUAAAUCUGGCUUUACUUUUAUGUAGUCAAAAAUCUUACUUUCUGACUUUAUCCAGGAUCAGCAUUAAAGUCCUCAGUUUUCACUGAUAAGCUUUAAUGUGUUAGUUAUCAGUGCCAUCGCAUGGCUGAUACUGACCUGGAAUGACAGUGGUCUGGAACUCUAAAUCACGUUCCUGACCCUGGGACCUCUCUGCUCUGUCCAUUUGCUUGCAGCCUGUGGCUUCCCUUCCCCCAAAUGGUUGGGAGGCUUUGAAUCUCUUGUUCCCCAUCAGAACACCAGAC